AUUACAUCUGAGUUUCCGAGGGAUAAAGAGAGUUUCUUUUAGUUGCAGAGAGGGACUAAAAUGGCGACGAACAUUGGUAUAAUGGACAGUGCUUACUUUGUUGGAAGAAACGAGAUUCUUGGCUGGAUCAAUGACUGUCUUCAUCUCAGUCUCUCUCGCAUCGAAGAGGCUGCAUCGGGUGCUGUUCAAUGCCAAAUGAUGGACAUGACCUUUCCAGGGGUUGUGCCAAUGCACAAGGUUAACUUUGAUGCAAAGAACGAGUAUGAGAUGAUACAAAACUACAAAGUCAUGCAAGAAGUCUUCACCAAAUUGAAAAUUACUAAGCCAUUGGAAGUCAACAAGCUUGUCAAAGGCAGACCACUAGACAACUUGGAGUUUCUACAAUGGCUGAAACGUUUCUGCGACUCCAUAAAUGGUGGCAUUAUGAAUGAGAAUUAUAAUCCAGUAGAACGAAGAUCAAGAGGUGGCAAAGAGAAAAGUGUAAAGGGGUCUAGUAAGGUCUCAAAGUCAUUACAAACAAACAAUAUGCAUCAGCCUCCUCCAGUCACUACUUCCAACAAAACAUUUUGUCCCAAGCAAGUAAAAUCACAUGCUGUUGGAGGUGGGAGCAACUCAUCAGCCGAAGUGCAAGCUCUGUCAAAGGAGCUUGAAGAUCUCAAGCUCUCGGUUGAUCUCUUGGAAAAGGAAAAAGACUUUUACUUCACCAAGCUCCGGGAUGUGGAAAUACUUUGCCAGACUCCUGAACUCGAUGAUCUUCCGAUAGUGGUAGCGGUUAAGAAGAUAUUAUAUGCAACAGAUGCAAAUGAAUCUCCGCUAGAAGAAGCUCAAGAGUGCCUAAACGCGUCUCUAGGGCUUGAAGCUGCGGAAGAAGCACAAGGAGAAGAAGCAGAGUUCUAGGCUUAAAGUUGUGAUUUCUAACAAAUCAAGUUUCAAAGUAGAGGACAACUAUAUCUAUUGCCUUGUCAUAGAAGACAGAUGACUUUGGAGAGGAUGUUUGCACAAUAUUCAGUUUAUAAUGAAUUGAGAGCCAUGACUGGUGAAAGUUACAAGUUGUCAAGUCACACUUUGGUGAAAAUUGCAAGAUGAAGUA